GAAGGGCUCGGCCGCUCGCCGCCUCCCCCUCCGCAGCUGGGUGGUAGCGGCGGGGCCGGAAGGGGCGCGGCGGCGGGCGCCAUGGCGGCGGCGGGGCCCUUCGCGCUGGUGACCAGCUGCGCCGCUGGCUUCGCGGCCGAGGAGCUCGUCAAACGUAUCAUAGGAAGAGAUGACCUUACUGUGGGUGCAGCUACACGUGGACAAGUGAAUUUUUACCCCUGGACAAUAGAUAAUAAAUAUUAUUCUGCAGAUAUUCACCUCUGUGUAGUACCAAACACAUUUCUUGUUACUGGAGAUAUUGCUGAAUCUGUGCAAGCAUUCGUUGUGUACUUCGACAGCACAAUAAAAUCUGGACUUGAUAGUGUCUCUGAAUGGCUUCCCCUGACAGAAGAGUGGUUACCAGAAGUCAUGAUCCUGGUUUGUAACAGAGUAUCUGAAAAUGGUGUGAACAGACAGAAGGCUCAAGAAUGGUGCAUCAAGCAUGGCUUUGAACUGGUAGAACUUAGUCCUGAGGAACUGCCUGAUGAAGAUGAUGACUUUCCAGAGUCCACAGGAGUGAAACGAAUUGUACAAGCCUUGAAUGCCAAUGUGUGGUCCAACGUAGUCAUGAAGAGCGACAGGACCCAGGGCUUUGGUCUUCUCAGUACAUUGGCGGGCGCGAACCACAGCGUUGGGUCAGAAGAGAACCAAGAUAGAGAAUCCAAACCAUCAGCAGCAGACAGAGAAGAAUCCCAUUUGGACAGCAGAGAAGAUGGAGCUAGCACAAACAACCUACAGACUGACAACACUGUAGAUCCCCUGUUAGAUGUGGACAUUCAAGAGUUAGCCAGCCUAACCACGGGAGAUGGUGACCUGGAGAACUUGGAAAGGCUGUUGUCAAAGCUGAAAGAAAUGAAAGAUAAAGCAGCAGCGUUGCCUCAUGAACAAAGAAAACUACACGCGGAAAAGGUGGCCAAAGCGUUCUGGAUGGCAAUUGGAGGAGACAGAGAUGAAAUUGAAGGUCUCUCCUCAGAUGAAGAAAACUAAGCUCUUCUGUAGCUGUAAGCGACAGAGCAAUCCUAAAAGAGCAAUCUUUUCCUGCAAUGAGUGUUUAUUGCGAAAAGCCCCAUUUAGCUUUAGUUGCUUUCUUUGGUUAAAGGAUUCCCCGCAUCAUUGUAGUAAGUAACACAUUCCACAACACCUGAUGGUUAGAGUGGUUUUGUCUGACUGUUCUGUUCUCUCUCAGAGAAUUUUGGAAGGUGAUGCACGCAGUUACAGGAAAUAAUAAUUUGUUUACAUUUUUCGAAUUAACAUUUUUAUUGUUUCCUCUUUUGAGUUUAAAUAAACAAAUUUACUACCAGUUAUCUUUCCCCAUAUGGCUGGUGGUUAUUAAGUGACUGCUUAAUUCUAAACUCAACAUUUUAGAUGUAAGCCUGUUUGAUGUUUUUAUGUAGCUUUAUAACUGACUUACUAGUUAAAACAAACCAGAUUUAUAUGAGCCAUGAAGUGAAAGUUGCUGAAUUGUGCCCUAUUGAGGGAUGCUCUGCCAAGGCUGCAAGGUUAAUCCUGCUGAGUGCCAAAACUAUUAAAAAUGGCCCACAGGCUCUGAGUUCUGUUUUCGUCUGUAAGUACGUGGUCCUUCCCUGGAAAGGCAGGUGUUGCGCCACACUCCCUGGGUUUCCAUUAGAAACUAAAUUUGGGAUUAAAUGCAAGACUGAGUAUUGCUGCUGUUCCAGGGGGGAAGAUCCCUGCCUAAACCUUCUGCAGUGCUUGGCCUCCGAGGCCUAGCAGAAUGCACAGGCCUUCUGGUGGUGAAUUCUGUCCCAGAUAGCUGAAGAGAAAAGCGUGAUUUCAAAAACCCCACGCUGUCACCUGAGGCAGGUAUUACAGACUUACGCUCCGUGAGAAGGCACCAGAGUAACAAGUCUCAGAUGGCUGCUUCGUGGCAUCAGGCAUUAGAAAAAACUCCUUCGUCCUCAGAUGUGGUGUGUUCUCACCUUCUGCACAGGCAGGCGGUCAUAGACUCGCUGGAGAGUAUAAACACGCAAGGCACCAGGAAAACAAGGAGGAAGGCGUGGGCUGGUGGGGGAGGAAGAAGAGAAAAGGUGAAAGUCAGCCUGGCUCCUUCUCUGCUGCAGUCAGCUGUCAGAUACAAUCUGUGGACCAGCGGGAGGAGGUAGCCGGCAGAUCCCCUGUUGAAGAACCAGGCUUUCUCUGCUGCUUGUCUGGCACACCCUGGGAAACGACAUGUAUUUUCCCCCAGAGCAUUCCUUAUCAACCUGAAAAUACACCACGUUAAGCAAUCUUACUUGGAAAUUUUGAAAUUAACUUUUCCAACGUCUGGUUUUUUGUGACAGUAAAUUUUGUGAGUCUUGAGACGAUGGCUUUCCAUAAUUUAUUUGACAGCUUUAAAUCCUGAAAGCACUUUCACAGUGGUUCUUGACAGUCAUUGCCUCUUCUUUUAAGAUUAAGCAAAGAUAAAAUAAUAAGCUUCUUGGACUGCUGUAAACAAUUUCCUGAGUAAAAACUGCAGCGUUUUCAACUCCUAAGAAAUAGAACUGAAGCCUUGGCUCGUAGUUUGAGAAGUAUCUCUCAUACAAAGACUGAGCAAUAGCUCUGCCAUAGUAAAGUACCUAUUUUUUAAGAAGCAAUGUUCCUUUUACAGCGAUACACGUACAGAUGUCAAGGAAGCACAUCUACCAGGGCCACCUCUGCCAAAGCGAGCAAUACAAAACAGCCGCCAGGCUUUGCUGUGAUGUUGCCAGCUCCUCCCGUUCUCUCCUCCUUUUUCCCCAGCACAGAGAACUGUGGUUCUAAUAAAAGAACUGAAGGUGGUUCCUUCCAAGUAGGGAAUGGUUUUCCAUGUUUGCCUCUUGGUAGCUGAAGACUUUUUUUUUCUUUCUAAAUACUUAUUGUGCAAUAGUGAUAAAUGGCAAAAGCACAGAGUGAAUUAGAUGAAGGCAGAGAAGAAAAUAAUGCACAUGGAUACUUGGUAAAAACCAGUUCUUUAGACGUGUGAUACACAUGUGACAUUUAUUUAACAACAUUAUACAAAUUAAAAUCAAGUUCUUUCCUGCCUUUUUACAAGGUAGCAGCAGCUAAAUUCCCCAUAAAUGAUGCCUUAUCCAAGGAAUCAGAAUUACCAGUUGGGGAACACGCUUCUUCAGCCUGUUACAAAUAGGAGGAGGAGAUUUGUAUUACAGGAAAUACAUCCUGGAAGGAGUCACAGCUCUUGGAUUAAUGAUGAAAACAAGCCUUUGAAAGCACAGAAGAGGUACUGACAGGACAAGCAAGCACGGUUUGACCAGAAGAACAAGGAGGCUGGUACCGUAGCAGGAAGGCCUGAUAGCCACCGUGCCACAGGGAAGGCAUCCGCGCUGCUUCUGCCUGAGCUUAGCAGAACAUUUGCACAGACAAUAUUUUGGUGCAAAAUCUGAUAACAUAGCAAGAACUCUUUAAAUGUAUUUUUGUUGUAUACGUCUGUCUUGUUUGUAGAUGCAGCCUGUGCUUUAAAAAAGCACAGUUCAUCAAGGUAGGAAGUAUAGCUAGAAGAAACUAGGAAAUAGUUUUAAGGAUCAUUAAGGACUAUUGUAUUUUUUAAUCAAAGUUUUCUUUGCUGGCA